AUGGUGCCUAACGACGGACAAUCGUUCAUCGGUGGUAAGCUUUGUAGAUCCGGAUCUGAUGAGGAUAAUAUUCAGCGAUGCUUCCUUCGGCUUCGCUUCCCGGUGUCACAUGAUGAGCCUCUCUUCAUAGUUUCAGUUCUCGUGCUCUCCGGCGGUUUGGUGGUGGUGGCCUCUCUGGUGGUUCUUGAAAGAAACCUUCUGGUGGCGGCUGACUACGGUGACGGUGCUUCUUGGCGGCUACUAUCACGGUGGUUCAUCGGGUUAGCAACGGGUUGGUUUGGUUCUCUUUCUCGACUUGAGUGGAGGCUAGAUCUGAUGGUGAUUUACAGUUGUGUGUUGUUGACGGCGGUUAGUGGUGGUGUCUUCUGUGGUUCUGUGAUGGUUGGGUUCUUUGAUAAUGUCGGUGGUCAUAAACCGCAUAUCAUUGUUUUGGGUUCUUUGGGAAGGCUCGUAGUAGAGGUUGAGGCGUAUCUAAAGCGGUGGUGCGCUAGCCUUUGGUCUCACGAGAUACCUUUGCGUGUUAGAUCCUCCUCUUUCCAGGCUUUGCUCUCCUUGUCGGUGGUUGUGGUUAGGCAAAGUUGUAGGCUUCGCUGUCAACCUUUGGUUUUGUGA